UUCCCAUGCCUCGCCUGGUGCUUAGGGCUCCUGCGCUGGUGAUGCGCCGAGGAUGAGAGGAAUGGAUGCUGUAAUACCUCACAAAGCUAACACCAGAGGGUGGGGGUAAAACGCGAGGCGUGCGUCACCGGCAACUAAACGCCAGAGGGACAGAGACGUCAAUAACAUCGCGUUCAUCAAUAAGGAAUCUGGAUGGAGUUAGACGGUUUAUUAAAUAGGCCGCUCUCUGAAUUUGAACGCUUUAAUGUGAUGACCCCCCAAGGAGAACAACUGAGGGAAGACUUACUGGGACCUCCAUCCUACCGCUCGGUGAUGGCUAUCAACACUGAUGCCGCUUUCGAGAAGAGUGGCCUGGGCGAGAGGGAAGUCUCCAACUUAACCGACUUCCAGGACACCGAGAAGCUGCUGAACAAAACCCCCGCCGAGCCGACCGGAGAGAGCAACCUCAAACCCUCCGACUCCUUCCCUCUGAACACCAGAGGCAGCGUCCGCUCCCUGGACGCGGAGCAGAACGGACGCCGGUCCCCGCUGAAGUCGGGAUCCAUCGGGCAGCUGACGGCCCCACCCAGAUCUACUUCCCGGCUCAGCCUGGGCCAGCUCUCCUCCCCGGUUCCACCGGGAUCCGAGCCGCCCAGUUACCUCUGGCUGGCCGUGGUGUCCUGCUUCUGCCCUGGAGUGCCGUUCAAUGUCUGCGCCUUGUGGUACGCGAAUGUGUCGAGGUCAGUUCUCCACACGGGAGAUAUCGAGGGAGCAAGAAAGUAUGGGCGUCGAUCAAUGCUGCUCAGUGUUCUGGCGAUGCUGACGGGUGUGGUUGUAAUCAUCUUCAUAGUGCUUACAAUAGAGGCCCAACAAUGAAUCAAGGCGGAUGGAAACAGUUUCCCUUAACUUCUCCAGAUCUCUAAAUUGCACAGAGGAAAGAGGAUCUCAGAUUGAAGACGGAAGGAAGCACAAAAUAUGAGCUGAAAAAGUCUGAAGGAAUUCCAAUGUGCACAUUUUUUUUGUUCAGUUUUUCUGCUGUGGACCAAAAAAGAAAAAAAAAGUAUGAAGAAAGAUGAUGUGCGUCAUUCGUCCUUUUCAGGAAACGCGCCUGCUUGAUAACCCCACAAACUCAGGAACAAAGGAAUGAGGAGAAAUCCUUUCAGAAACCAAACUAGACGGACUUUAAGAGGAAUUUAAGGACUCCCAUAAGAACGAGUGUAAUAGGGUGAAGAUAAAGAAAUGAAAGAGAAAGCAAACCCUGCCUGCUGUUUAAAAAAAUCUGCUACAAUCAACUGGACUUUUAUGGCUGAAGGGAAAAAAAUCUGUUUACAAAAAGUUUAAAAUGGAGAUGCACCGAUAAAGAUUUCUUUUUUCAGGUCUGAACUUUAGAUUUUCUGCAUUUUAUUCUGCAGGUUCUUUCAUAUUUUUAAUAGUUCUGACUCCUAAAAGCUCGGCUUGGUUGGCUGAUGCUUUCAUAGCCACAACUUUCGACUUGCGGGCCAAAUAAUUAAGUUAAAAGCAAAAAUAUAUUUAUCCAAUUAAAAAAGGCAAGAAUAUUUCUACAAAAUAAACUAGAAAAGUCAUAUUUUAAUGAAACUGUAUGAGUUCAGGAAUGGGCUUUAUGUCACUCCUUUAUGUCACUUCCAUCCAUCCAUCCAUUUUCUAACACCCUUGUCCCUAGUGGGGCCGGGAGGGUUGCUGGUGCUUCUCCA